AUGAUUAGUGGCUUUGAAAUGGGUACCGAACUACAGCACUACUAUUUGGAAUUGUCUCCAAAUCCGAUCCGUUUCGACGGCACAGGGCUACUGACAAACGUAUUCUUUGACGAUGCCAAACAACAGGUGAUUGCGGUCCGUUCAGGUGGAGCCACAGGAAUUGUUGUUAAAGGUGCAAGAGAUGGCGAGAAUUUUGUGUUCUGUAUGGAUUUACACUCGACCGACACACCCGAUGCGCAGAUCCGAUCGAUAAAGUUCUCCAUCGACAAUCAGGUGCUGGCAGUGCAACGUAGUGAGACAUCGGUUGAAUUUAUCAACUUCCUGCCGAACCAUCGACCCAACCUGCAAGAGAUACUGAUUUACAAAGGCAAAAGCAUCAUCAAUGGGUUCGUUUGGGUUCAGGAAAGACAAGUCGCCCUCUUCACGAACAUCGGUGUGGAGGUAUUGAUGGUCAACUUUGAGAAGCGUGCCCUCAAAUCAGUCAAGUCGCUAAACAUUACUAUGAAUUGGUUCAGCUACUGUGCCGUUUCCAAAUUUGCGCUGCUUUCAUCAAACUUGGGGACAAUCCUAACACCGAUCAUCUUGAAACCUGCUAUGAUCACCAAAUUACCCAGACUUGAAUUGGGCAUGGAUCAGGGCUGCAUGGGAAAGGAUGUGACGCUCGCUCAGCUGUAUGGGACUAAUGCAAUAUUGAUUCUACGUCAGCCUCCGAACCGACCAUUCGAGGUAGUAAUCUAUAUGUUGAAUGGCCCAGGUUUAGCACCUAAAAAGUCGCACAUUCUUAAGCUGGGUCAGAGUGGCCGUUUUGCGAUGAACGUUGUCGAUGAUGUAGUGAUUGUACACCAUCAGGCGACAGCCAGUUCGAUGCUGUUCGACAUUGCGCUCAGUAGCAGUGAAACGGAGCAUGGCACGGGAGCUGUCAUACACUCUCCAAUUAUACCGGCGAAACCUAUUCGACCGUUUCAGCUGGAAGUGCCAAGCAUAUCGCUAGAUGGGAAAACGAUGAACUGUGAAUUGUACACGAAGGAUUGGGUUCUGUUUCAACCAAACAUUGUGAUUGACUCGAAGUUGGGAUGCUUGUGGUUUGUUCAGUUAAAAUUAAAUGCUCUCAGCGCACUUAUCACCGAUCGUCUACGGUUGGUAGAAUUUUUACUACAACGUAACGAUGGGAAAACAGUUAUACUUUCCGUACUGAAAGAUAUCAUGGGCGCCGCUUACAGUGGGACAAUGUUACCAGUGAUAGAGAGUGUUUUUAACAAACUGAAUUCACUUUAUAAAAGUGCACUGGACAACGAGCUGCAGAGCCAAAUGGCAUUGAUGUCUCUAGCCAAAUCGCCAGUGAAAACUGCCAAUCCACCAAGGGUCCUAAUCGAUCAGACCGACAUGUACUCGAUCGUAUUUUCCACAAUCACGGAUGCAUCGCAGAUGGGAAAGCUGCUGCUGCUUUAUCUAAACUCGCUGGCUCGCAACGGCAUCAAUGCUAACCAUGAGCUUAGCAAAGCCCUUUUGAUUGACUUAGUGAGCCACAAACAGUAUGAUACAUUGCAGUUUUUGCUGAAAUAUUCUGCCCUUAACGAAUCGAAAGCAUUAGCUUGCUUUCUGUUGUCGUUAUCCAACGUGGAGUAUCCGGUCAUAUCGCAAAUGGCGCUCGACAUGUUAGCUCGAUUGAAUGCAAACGAAAUCAUACUAGAGGUACUGCUGGAGCGGGGACAGAUCAUCGAUGCGCUGCGGUUGGCAAAGCAGAUGCCUGGAUCGGAUGCUUUGCCGGCAAGGAAAUAUCUCGAAGCCGCAUUUAAAGCCGGAGAUCCAUUGAUAUUUCAUUCGGUGUACAACUUUUUCCAGAUGAAAAAUGUUCGACUUCGUGGAUGUCCUGAUUUCUUGAAACAUGAACAAUGUGGCGAAUAUGUGCAAUAUUAUCAAAGUUUAAUUGCAAACCAAUGCUUGUAG